CCAUUUUUUCGAUACGUGCCAUCAGUCGCGAUUCCACGAUUUCUCUUUGCCCCGAUGCGCACGAUCCUCUCCCCGACUUUUCUCCAAGAUAGAUAGAUCUCGAGAAGAAGAAGAAGAAGAAGGAAUUUGUUAUUGGAAAUGACGCGUCAACGCGUUCCGUCGUACGAACUCGCGCGGACCGAAUUGAGCAUCGAUUGAGCGUGUCGCGUAGAAGAUACAUCAUCGAGCGAAAAUUCGAGAUAAUCCAAAAUGUUGUUCCUGUUGUCGAGAAGAUCGUUCUAUCCGUUGCUCCUGUUUAUAGGGGCCAACCUGGUGAUUUCGAUGCCCGCUCCUCCGUCCUCGAGGCGAUCGUCCGAGGACGACGAAGCUGGCUUCUCCGAUGUGCCGAAAAUUCUGGAGAUUCAAUUACCUUUGAGGAUCGCAACGAAGGAGGACCUGGUCGCGUGGGCCAGGUACGUGAUGGGUUUGAUGGCGUCCCGAAUAAACAUCACUCUGACCACGGUGAAAGAGUCGAGAAUGGUCGGAGAGACGGAGAAAAUGUCGAAACGAAUUCAACAGAGCCUCCCCGUUACAAAUUCGGGGUAUCGGUAUUUCGAUGGACCCAGCAUCGAUGGAUAUUUCGCGAAGAGUUUCGAGAACACGAGGUACGCGGAGAACGUAAGGAACGUAGCGAGCGUCGUCGAUCGAGAGAAGAUACCAGUCAGGAUCGUGGAAAACGGAGAAUUGUCGAGAGAGAAGGCGUAUCCCCAGUUGCCAACGAUGGUCGAUGGUAGGAGUUCGUUCAACGAUCGACAACCGAUUUUCCGACCGAUUUUCGACGGCACGAUCCCUCUCGAUGCACCAAGCAUCCCAAAGCCUGGUGGAAUCAAGGAACCGGACGCGAAGGAUUCGUUCGACGCGAAAUCUUUCUCGAAAACGGGAGAUCGACAGUUGUUCGUCCCCCAAUUUCCCAACUUUGGGCCGGCGAUCGAGCUUCGGCCGAACGACAUCUUUCCGGACACGAACUCGGUCUCGCCUCCUACCAGAGCUUAUCUGCCAGCGACCACGACCACAGCCCUCACCUCCGACAAUCUCGAGUUUCCGUUCGUCGCCAGAUAUCUGUUCGACAAUGUCGAGGGGAACGUUUCUAGCAACGUCGAUCCUCCGCUCUUCGCCGGGGACGAGAUCGCCUCCCCGAGAAACGUCCCUCUCGUUCCGUCUCGGAACGCGAGCUCCGUCACGUCUCUUCCGUUCAAGGUUCCCUUCGAGGCGGUGAUCACGUUCGAAACACCGAGAAACACCGAGGGUGGCAAGUAUUCCGUUGCACCGAGCAAGGACGACUCUCCCCCCGGGGAUCGAUUUCCACCUUACUUCGACACCUCGAGUCACGCUUCGACCAACGAAUCCGGCCAACGGAUCAACGUUGUGCUCGACGAAGGCCAGCCGAUUGAGGCAGGGAGGGAGGAGAGGAAGAAGCAAGAGAAGAAGAAAGAAGAGGAAAAAUCGAAGAGGCGGAAAUCGGAGAAGAAUCGGGCGGCGUCCCUCGCUCGGUUGAUCGAGUCGCUCGUCGCGCUUAGAAGCAGGAAUGGCACCCUUGCGACCAAUCUUGUACCCCCUGUUCCGUUGAGAGAGCAAGCUUCCACGCAGAGGAGUCCAGAGCGUGAGAGAGCACCGCCAUCGACGAGGACGCAGCUUUAUUCGACGGAGAAUCCAGUUUCUGCGCUCAGACAAGGAAGACGUAAUCAGACGUCUGUGGCGCAACAACAAAUCGAGAGCGAUAAGGAAGGAAGGAGCAACGAGGUUAGCGAGGAGAGCAAGGAAGAGGUCGAGGGAGGAACCGAGAACAAGUCCAACGACGAAAAUGCUUCCAGCGAAGAAAAUUCGGACGAGGACGAGAAAGGAGGCGGUCCUAUCAACGCUAUCCUCGAUCUCCUUCAACUCGCCGCGCCAAUUCUGAAAGAUCUGAGCGACCCUGAAUCCGAAACCGAAAUUACCGAUGUGCUCGAAGUAGCGAUUCCGUUGCUUCAAGACUUGUCGCAAGGAGACGACGAAACGCCAGGUGUCGACUUUCCAGGAUUAUUGGUCCCGAUUUUGUUGCAAAUUAGCGGAGAGGACGGGCAGAGGGAUUCAGCCGCCAUUUUGACACCGUUGCUUCAACUAAGCGCGCCGCUCAUAGGACCCCUCGUUGGUCCGUUGGUCGUGCCGUUGAGCCGCCAGAGCAGCCAGCCUCCGGGUCAAGGAUCGUCGAUCAGCAACUUGAUCAAGGGUUUCUUGGCUCCGUUGCUCGAGCCAAUCGGCCCGUAUGGAAAGAUGACGCAACUUUCGAACCUGAUCGCCGGAAUCGUCUCUAGUCUUAGCAAAAAUUCAGGGGCUGGUGGCGCGUCAGACUUGACGAGCCUCGUGAAAGCUGUGGUCGCAGGAUCGGUGGCAGGAACGAGCGCCGGCUCGAGCGGGAACAAAGACUCUUACGGAGGCCAGGCUGCGUACGGUGCAGGCAAUUCUUAUAACGCUUAUCUUAAUGCACCGUCGAAGAACACCUCGCUCGGCUCCUCCAUCAAUGACAUCCUUAACGCGAUAUUAAAAGUGGUCGCCUCGUUGGUGAACGCCAUUUCUGCAAUUCUGGCCACCUCGUCGAACAGCUCGAACGAGCAGCAACCCCACGCCUAUCCCCCCAAACCCUAUGCCAGACCCUCUAUGAUGAUCCGUCCAGCCGAUUAUGUUAGCAUAACCACCAGUAAACCGGAACGUUUAGUAAGAGUGUAAACGAAACAUCCUU